AUGGAUUUUGAUGUGACAUUGAGUUGCACGAUCUAUCUAUUAUUCAUAUAUAUCUACAUGUCUAUCUCUAUUCAUAUCUAUCUAACUCUGUUCAUAUCUAUCUAUCUAUCUAUCUAUCUAUCUAUCUAUCUAUCUAUCUAUGUCUAUUCAUAUCUAUUUAUAUAUCUCUAUUCAUAUCUAUCUUUCUCUGCUCUGUCUAUUCAUAUCUAUUUAUAUAUCUUUAUUCAUAUCUAUCUAUAUAUCGAUCUAUCUAUGAUCAUUAUCUAUCUAUCUAUCUAUCUUUAUUCAUAUCUAUUUAUAUAUCGAUCUAUCUAUGAUCAUUAUCUAUCUAUCAAUCUUUAUUCAUAUCUAUCUAUAUAUCGAUCUAUCUAUGAUCAUUAUCUAUCUAUCUAUCAAUCUAUCUAUCUUUAUUCAUAUCUAUCUAUAUAUCGAUCUCUCUAUGAUCAUUAUCUAUCUAUCUAUCGAUCUAUCUAUCUAUCACAUUCUGUUUAUAUCUACCUCAAUCUGUUCAUAUCUAUCUAUCUAUCUAUCUAUCUAUCUAUCUAUCUAUCACAUUAUGUUUAUAUCUAUCUAUCUACCUAUUUCUUGUCUAUUCAUAUCUAUUUAUAUAUCUUUAUUCAUAUCUAUCUAUAUAUCGAUUUAUCUAUGAUCAUUAUCUAUCUAUCGAUCUAUCUAUCUAAUUAUCUAUCUAUCUAA